AUGGAGCAACCCAACGUUACAGGAGCAUAUAUCAUUGCCAAGACAUUGAAAGAUCUUCAAGUGUCUGUCAUCUUCGGAGUUGUCGGCGUUCCCAUCACGGACAUUGCUGAGCAGGCUAUCGACCUUGGCAUUCGCUUCAUUGGAUUUCGUAAUGAGCAGGCUGCUAGUUAUGCGGCUACAGCGUAUGGUUAUCUCACAGGGAGACCCGGCGUGUGCCUGGUAGUGGGCGGACCAGGCAUUCUACACGCAAUAGCUGGUGUCGGUAACGCUUCCGAGAAUAACUUCCCCUUGCUCUUGCUGGGCGGCUCUGCUGAAACUCAUCUCAUAUCCCGGGGCGCAUUCCAGGAGCUGGACUCUAUAAGUCUACUUACGCCCCAUAGUAAAUCCGCUCUGCGGCCCUCGAGCGCUUCGUACGUGCCUAACACCAUCGCCGAAGCGUAUCGCCGUUGCUGGUAUGGGCGUCCCGGGGUGGGCUUCGUCGAUCUCCCUGCAAAUGUCAUAAUGGAACCGCUGGAGUCGAUUGACGAUAUUGACGGAACACUAGAGGUGACGAAACCGCCCUCAGGGGCGGCUCAGGAAGUACAGCUACAGAAGAUCGUAGGUUUGAUACAGACUGCGAAAGCACCACUUGUUUUAAUCGGAAAAGGAGCUGCGUAUGCGCGUGCAGAGGAAGUGAUUCGAACAUUGAUCGAAAGAACAAAACUACCAUUUUUGCCCAGUCCGAUGGGUAAGGGGGUCGUCCCGGAUUCACAUCCUCAGAAUGUUGCUUCAGCCCGUUCUAUGGCCCUAAAGAUGGCAGAUGUAGUACUGAUACUAGGCGCGCGACUCAAUUGGAUCUUCCAUUACGGAGCACCACCAAAAUGGAAUCCUAAGGUACGAUUUCUCCAAGUUGACAUUUCACCAGAGGAGAUUGGUCGCAAUGCCGCAAACGCGGGUGAAGCCAUCCUGGGUGAUGUCAGAAUUGUGGUGGCCCAGCUGAUUCGGCAAUUCGCUGGCUGGCAGUACAAGUCCACGAGUUCGGACUUCAUGGCCAAGAUAACGGAAUCAAAAGCAAGAAACGAAGCUGCUGCUGCUCGAGCGGCCUCAAACCCAUCUGCUCCGCUCACCUACUCGCAAGCAUUUGAAUUAAUCAGGACAACGUUGCACUCAAUAUCUCCUCCCCAGGCGGGUGGCAUAGUAUACAUAGCAGAGGGCAGCAACACCAUGGAUUUCGCAAGGUCCGUUUUCCCGGUAGAGUUUCCUAGAUUGCGUUUAGAUGCAGGAUCAUAUGCAACAAUGGGGGUCGGCCUGGGAUAUGCUAUUGCAGCUCAUGAAGCAUAUAAUUCCGUCCAUCCUCAAGCCUCUUCAGGUCCGUAUGGCCGGAAGAAGAUAAUUGCCAUUGAAGGAGAUAGUGCGUUUGGCUUCAGCGCUAUGGAGAUUGAGACCAUGGCACGCCUUUCCAUGGACGUGCUGAUUAUUGUCAUCAAUAAUAGCGGUAUAUACUUCAGUGGCUCCAGGUCGGCUGACGAUUGGAGUUACCGUCGCGACAAAAGCGCAAAAGGCGAAGCGGGGUUGAGAAGCCAUGCCUUGAGCUGGGAAGUAAAGUAUGAUCAGCUGGCGGAAGCAGUUGGUGGGAUGGGUUUUUUCGUGCGCACUCCUGAGGAGCUUCACAGAGCCGUCAUUGCCGGCUUUCACGCCAAAGUACCCGUGGUUGUGAAUGUGAUAAUCAAGAGUUCGGAAGUAGAGAAGCCUGUAGGUUCUCCAUGACUCGACAUAUCUUGUGCCGUCGCUAACAGUGCGAUCAGAAUUUUGGCUGGCAGAUAACUCCGGUAGUAAGGAACGAAUCCUCGCGUCUCUAAAGUCGAGAUAGAAAGAGUCCCAAGGGUUUUAGACAUUCCCGCAGGAUAUACAUUCACCAUUGAAUCACGACCACAUCACAUGGUAGAAAUUUCAUUCGUGUUGCAGUGCGUGAUA